CCGCUGCAUGCGAGCAAAGACGGAGCCUCAAAGACAAUUAAUAGCUUCUCGUAGUUUGGUUUGGGAAAGGUUGUUCCUUGUCGGACCGAUGGAAGUGAAUGCCUGGACGGCUGGCUCCAAUGGCCCUACCGAGAUGUGCGGUGUGAUUCCCGAGAUUAACGGUGGGUACACGAGCGGCAAGUCGGGAUGGGGUAUUAUGGGCAAGAAGGUGAGGGCAACCCCCCACUGGAGUCUGGGUACCGAGCUCGCGACGGUUGAGCUGUGCUUGAGGUAUAUCUUGGAUGCAAGAGACAAUCUCAGUGGUUACGUGGAGGCAGUAGCUCUUAAGAGAAAGACGGGGAAGGGAGUGGCCGAUUGGAUAGAAGACUUCUACCUUAGGCACCCCUUUGUGCGUAGGUUCGUAGCGGACAAUGGAAUGGAGUUCGUCAACCAGGAGGUGUUGGGCAGGCUUAAGGCACUGUGCGUACCUAUCAAGAUCAUCGAGCCAUAUCACCCUGAGGCCAAUGCACCAGUAGAAAGGGGACACCGGACCUUGAAGAACACAAUUGUUAAGUUGGCAGUGGAUGACAUGGGGAACUGGCCUCAAUACCUUAAGCAGACGGUCUUCUCUGAGAACAUGACGCCGAAAAGGACGACGGGAUGCAUUUCGGCAGAACUCUGGUAUGGGAGGGAGAUCGAUUUUCCGGUGGAAGUCUUGGUUCCCACCUGGAACAGGCUAGAGGACAAUCCGCACAUGUCUACAGAAGAACUAAUUAUCGCACGUUGCCAACAGGUCGUGAGAAAUGAGGAAGCCUUGGAGAAUGUGGUCGGACGAGUGAUGGAUAGUCGAAUGAAGGACAAAGCAAGGUGGGAUCAGGUAAAGAACAUCUGGAAGGAACCGCUCCAGAUGGGAGAGAAGGUACUAGUUAGGAACUCGGCACUUGAAAGCACAUGGUCGGGACAACUAGGGAAAAGGUUCAAAGACCCCUACAGAGUCGCAAAGCGGGUGGGUCUGAACACGUUUGAACUUGAGGAUCUUGAUGGCAUUGGGAUAAAAAGGUCGUUUCCGGGACAAAGACUGGUCAGGUUUUUGAGCAGGGACCCGGUGGAGCAACGGUUACAGGAGGCUCAAAAUACGGAAAUAGGGGAAUUGACAACUUGAAAGGCAAGCAGUUGGCUACGAUUCUAUACCACCUCCCUGCGGGAGUAAUCAUGACUGCAGGCGUCGUUCGUUUUGUGUC